AUGGAGAAAUUGAAAUAUGCGACUGACAUACCCGUUGGAAAAUCCAUCCAGUUCAAGUUCAUACUGAAAGGAAUUGCUGGGAAGAUUUUCUGGCAACCGGGACCUGAUCGGAUUCUCCAAACUUGGGAAACCAAUAAUACAAUCAUAGUUUGGGAAGAUUGGGAAGAUGCUGCAUUGCAGAAGAUAACAGAGGAAGAACCAUCUGCUAAUGGAAGUGAGGAACCUACUAUCAACCCAGAAAGGCUGAUUGUUGCUGAGAACUUGAAUCAUCAAAAGGAAGAACUGGUUUCUAAUACAAAGAACGAUGAAGUUACUGAGAAUGUGAGUUCUAACCCAGAAGAGAAACCAUCGCCAGUAAUUUAUGAGAAAGCAAUUGUUGCUGAUAACAUUUCUCCUGUGCAAGAGAAGCCUGUAGCUAUUGUAGCAGAUAACAUCAGUUACUCAGAGGAGGCUUCUUCUGUGAAUGUUAGUAAUGAAGUGUUAGGUGCAAAGAGAGCCAGUCACCAGGAGGAAGAACAGAGAACUACGUCAAACAAGAGUACAGCGAUCAGAGAGGAUGUUGUCAGAAAUGAUGAUGUUCCAACAGCUAUAAACUCAGCAAAGUCUGAUAUCCAAGGAAGUGUGGUUACUCAUGAAGGAGAUCCUGUUCUGUUACCUGGCUUGUCUGCAGUAUCAGUGAUACCAAGUGAAGCAGCUAUUGACAAUGAAGGUGAGAGAAGUGAUGCCUUCGAUCCCUCUGUCAGAGUCAAUGAAGGUGAGAGAAGUGAUGCCUUUGAUUCCUCUGUCGGAGUCAAUGAAGUUGAGAAUGACAAUUUGCCGAAGUUAGAUGAGAAGCGUGCAGUCGGUGACAAACCACUUCAAGAAGAAACGAUUGAUGGGUUCGAUGAUGAGGGGCGGGAUGGCAAUGAACUCAUGCAUAAGCCAUUGGCGAAAGAAGAAAAGCAUGAUAUUGAUGAAAAUCCACAUCAAGAAGAAUCAAUCAAUGGGUUCGAUGAUGAGCAGCAGCACAGUAAUGAACUCAUACAUAAGCCACUGGCCAAAGAAGAAAAGAAGCAAGAGUUCGUGAGAAAUGGCUUUAAGAAGACACCGCUGUUCGACUUUUCAGUCCCCAAAUGUGGCUCGGGAAAGGAAUGGCAUGCGUUACAGAGUGCAACCAGCCAACCACAUACUCUCGAGAAUGGGCAUAGACCAAUCCAUCGACCAUCAAGAAGAAAUAUUGAGACAAGUGGACUGAAGAGGAUGCUUUUGCCAGAAUGGCACUGUAUAAGCUUUAAGCCAAGCUCUGUCCUCAUCCUUACUAGCUCUGCCCUCUUCAUCCACCAAAAAUCGGAAAGGAGGGAGCAAAAGGAUAAAAUGUGGCCAAUCGUUCCAGAAGAUUACAGUACACAGAUGCAGUCAUCGCUAAUCAUUCUCCCAAAUUUAUGGCUUUUGCGAAACAUUAUUCCCAUUAUUGGGUUGCCGAAAGGGUAG